AUGGCCGAAGCAAAGCCCAAGAAAGUUAGCGAGUUCAACGAUGGCCGCAAAAGGCCUACUUACCGCUGGCGGACUCCUUCUCUGACUGGUUCAAACAGAGCUGGAGCUCAGAGUAUUCUGAUUCCAAGGCAGGCCAAGUUUAUUGACACAGAUAUCGGGGACGGGAAUCGGAUCCAUGAGUUUUAUAUCGAGAACACUGAGAAGCCUAAGGAUGGCCAGGGCGCUUUAGCUAAUCAGGUGAAUGAUUUGGUGGCUCUUUUUGAGAACUUCGAUUCCCUUUCAUCGGUGCCUGGAAUAAAGAUCCAUGCUAUUGACCUUCCGGGCUUUGGCUUAUCGCUGCGCCCGCUGUUUCCUAAGUUCAACUGUGAAAGCAAGGAGGAUAUCUACCAGAUCGAGGACUGGUUUAUAGAUUCGUUGGAAAAGUGGCGUAAGGAGCGUGGAAUCGAUCGGUUUGUGCUUGUGGGCCAUUCUUUUGGUGGGUACUUGAGUUGCGCAUACGCUAGAAAGUAUAACAAGCUUAUUUCUGAUGGAACUGCAGCACAGAGACGUAUUAUCGAUAAGUUAGUGCUCUUGAGUCCUGUUGGUGUCGAGAGAAGCAAGUACUCUUUGUUGAAAUCGGUAGAUAUCCCUUCUGAGCAGAUUUCCCUGGCUGAAAGAUCUACUGAGAAUAAACAAGAACCUACAGUUCCUCUUCAACGAGAAUUUUCAGCUGACCAGGAGGAUAUCGUUGAAGGAAAAGAGCCAGAGACAUUAAACCACCCCGGUUCGGCCACCGAAGCACAAGAAAACUUGGGAUCCGAUACUUUUACUUGGUUAUGGAGACACCAUGUUUCGCCAUUUUCCAUUGUUCGUAAAGCAGGGCCCUUGAAAUCAAGGUGGAUCUCUGCCUGGACGGGUCACCGGUUCUCACAUAUCUACCAGCAGAAUCCAGAGCGGUACCAGCAUAUCCAUGACUAUUUUUAUAAGAUCUUCAAUGGAGCUGGAAGUGGCGAAUAUGCCAUUACCAGAAUCUUGGACCGUGGAGCUCUUGCAAGACUCCCUCUUCUCGAUAGAUGUCCAGAAAAAUUUGCCGAAAUGAAACUUCCCACCUUAUGGCUUUACGGUGACAAGGACUGGAUGAAUGAGGUUGCUGGAGAGGAGAUGACCAAGGAAAUCAAUAGAGUGGCCGAGCUGAAGGGGCAGAAGCCACUUGCUGAAUUUGGCAUGUUGUCCAAUGCUGGACACCACUUGUACUUGGACAACCCAAAGGACUUUUCUAACACGUUGUUCAAGUUCUUGCGCAAAUAG